AUGUCCUCCAACUCCGCCCUUGCAUCUACAAACGCCGCAGAUGACUCUACGACGAACGCAAGCGACUUUGGUACCUCCGAUAGCGACAGCGAGCUGUCCGAAUCUAGCGAAGAACCCAGUAGCGACGAGAGUUCAAGCGAAGAAGAAGAGGAUGAUGGCGAGGACACAGAGAUGGAGCUUGAGGAGCCAAAAUCACAAGACGGUGUCGUUAAUCUACGCGCGAAUAGAGGAAAGAAGCCAAUUAUGAGGUUGGGCGACCAAGAUCUCGGACCAGACAUUCGAGGCUUCCUUAAAGACUUUUUGCCGCAACUGAAGGCUGCGAAUGAAGAGUUGGAGGCGCAGAAGAAGGCUGGAACGCUGAAGAGCCUAGACUCCGAGGAGGGGCAUGAGGAGGGUGAGCCGUAUAUCGAGAUGGACCUUGGACUAGGCGUACUCGAGGAGAAAGACCCAAAUGCGAAGAGCGACGAGGAUAGCGCGAGCGAUACCGAAGACGGUGACAAUGAGAAGGAUGUACUGGGGAAACUGAUGGGGCGUGAGAAGAAAGAUCCAGCAGGCAUUGAGGUGCUGCAGAACACAACCGGGUCAUAA